AGUGCGCCGUAGGGAGUAGCGCCUGCUGGAGACUCGCGGAGAGUAGGGAGACGGUCGGUGCGUGCGGAAGAAGAAGGAGAGGGCCUCUCUCACGUCUCUCUCGCGCGACUUGGUUAUGCGCGCGGCGCGAGCAGGCUCUCGGGCCUGACGGCUAGCAGCAGCAGCGGUCGCUGGCACUGGCGCCUCACUGACAUCGUCCUCGCCGUCCUGGCGCGGCUUCGGCUGACGCGCGCUGCACCACACUCCCCGCACGCGUUUCCUCGUCGAGAUAUCCGAUCGGGAGCUUACAGACUAGAUCGCGCGGCUAAGCGGCUAAGCGGCUUGCGCGGGACGAGAGUCAAGACUCGAGAUUCGAGAAUCAGCACGGGCCGCGCGCACGAACUCGCUCUGUGUGUGUGUAUGUGUGUCUUUCUCUCUCUCUCUCUCUCUCUCUCUCUCUCUCUCUCUCUCUCUCUCUCGCGCGCGCGCGCGCGCGUAUGUGAGCAAUAUAUAUAAACACGUUUCGCGUUUUCGCUCCGUCUCUGUCUCUCCGCUGACUUGCUGUGGGCUGGUGCGCGAGCGAUGCGCGACCAUAGCGACGACACGUGUGCGCAAAACUCUGCGUCAAAGAUGAUGCCCGUCUCGCAGCCAGUGCGUGCCAAGAGUUUGUUACGCGCAAACUUGGAGAAGCCUCGCAGUAGCGGCUACCUACAGAGCAGAAUGCCCAACAUUAAGGUCUUCAGCGGCACCUCGCACCCGGACCUUGCCCAGCGCAUCGUCGACAGGCUGGGCAUCGACAUCGGCAAGGUCGUCACCAAGAAAUUCAGCAACCUCGAGACAUGUGUGGAGAUAGGCGAAUCUGUCCGAGGAGAAGAUGUCUAUAUCAUUCAGAGUGGCAGUGGUGAAGUCAACGACAACCUCAUGGAGUUGUUGAUUAUGAUCAAUGCCUGCAAAAUUGCAUCUGCAUCCCGUGUCACUGCUGUCAUUCCUUGUUUCCCCUAUGCCCGACAGGACAAGAAGGAUAAGAGUCGAGCGCCCAUCUCGGCGAAGCUGGUGGCUAACAUGCUCUCGGUCGCCGGUGCCGAUCACAUCAUCACGAUGGACCUUCACGCCAGCCAGAUCCAGGGCUUCUUCGACAUUCCCGUGGACAACCUGUUCGCCGAGCCCGCCGUCCUCAAGUGGAUCAAGGAGAACAUACCCGAGUGGAGAAACAGCACCAUCGUCUCGCCCGAUGCCGGCGGCGCCAAGAGAGUGACGUCCAUUGCCGAUCGACUGAACGUCGACUUUGCUCUGAUCCACAAGGAGAGGAAGAAGGCCAACGAGGUGGCGAGCAUGGUACUAGUCGGUGACGUGAAGGACCGCGUGGCCAUCCUCGUCGACGACAUGGCCGACACCUGCGGUACCAUCUGUCACGCAGCCGACAAGCUCGUCGAGGCCGGCGCCCUCAAAGUCUACGCCAUCCUGACCCACGGAAUCUUCAGUGGCCCCGCCAUCAGCAGAAUCAACAACGCCUGCUUCGAGGCCGUUGUUGUCACCAACACCAUUCCCCAGGACGCACACAUGAAAGACUGCUCGAAAAUCCAGUGCAUUGAUGUAUCGAUGAUGUUUGCCGAGGCUGUCAGGAGGACCCACAAUGGAGAAUCUGUGUCGUAUUUGUUUUCGAAUGUACCGUAUUAAGAGCUGCUUCCUCGCGUCUGUUGGGUAGGCCACGUAAGAAGAAUGUAAUCGUGCGUUAUAGUGAUUUACUGCUACUAUCAGAUAAGGGUAGAAAAGGAGAGCGAGUGAGAAAAGAGAAAGAGAGGAAUUUGCCAGAGUGACUCGUUUCGAUGAUAGAAUCUUAACAAGUUGAAGAAUUCGAAACGUCCAUGACACCAGCAUAAAAAUAAUCCUAAUAUAUAAAUCGCGGCAACUUUCACUCUGAUUUUGUUAAAUCAAGAAGUCAGCGCACCAAAAUAUACCGCCGAUGCAUUAAAUAUCUUGCAGCUAGGAAUCAGCAAGCGUGUCUAGAUUUUUCCGACUCUGUAGAAUAUGUAGCGUACAGUUAAAUAUCAUAUCCGAUAACUAUAUACAUAAAUGAAUAGUGCAAAAUCGCGCUUUAUGACGUUUUAUUAUUAUUACUGAUGAGAAUCAAGCCGGGCGCGAUAUUGCAAAACUGCUAUGUUGUACAUCUUUUUUAUUUGCAUUUAACGAAUGACAAAAAUUAUGAGGUAAUCGACGUUUCUUAUAUUUUUGAAAAUAGAAGCAUAACGUGAAUCAGCAUAUGUUUUACCAUUAGGCACCUUUUUUUAUACAAAGCCAUUGAUAGCACUUGCAAAAAUGCAUGAGUUUUCCUACUUUUACGUUUGAUUAAAAUCUAAUUCUUGACCAUUUUCGAUACAUUUUUAUAUAGAUUGUUAUUUUGAGAUCAAUUUUUUGACGUUCAGAUGUUUUAUAUAAGGAGAUAAAAAACGGUUUAAUAAACUAUUUCUUUAAAAGGAUUGCGUUCUGACAAUUACUCGUUUUACAGUACUUCUUGUUUAAUGUAUUAAUCAUCAAUUUUUUAGGACUUUGAACCAAUAUUUGUACACAUACAAAAAGGUUACAUAAAUUUAUUAUGUGGAAGCAUUCAAUUAAAAAAAAUAUUGUUAACAUCUGUCUAUUACUAGCACUUUUUAUUAAUAGCACGCUUCUACAUGUGUUGUAAUUGAAGUUAUUAAACAAUUUUUUCUUUGUCAGAUCAGCAAUAUAAUGUAUGUCCUUUUAUUCAAUCAGAAAAAAUCUUUUAUUUAAUAAAAUUGUAUUAAAAAUGUAUGGAGUUACAAUGGUAAGUAAAAGACACCGAUUCAAUUUUAUUUCCUAAAUUAUAAGAUCUUCAUUUUUUCAAGUGACAUGAACUCGCAUAGCUAAAAUUGUAAUUAAUGGAUAUACCGUAUAGUAGAUUAAUUAUAGCAACGUAUAUAAAAUUUGUAUAUACAUAUACAUUCAAAAGCCAGUGAAUUUGGUGAGCAGGUCUCGAUGAUUUCGCUGAAGCUGGUCUUGAUCGACAAAAUUAAGUGGAAAUGAAACAAAUUAAAAAUGCCAUAGGAAGAUUCUUUCAAAUGUUUUAUUUUUUGUUUUUUGUUGAUCUAUUAAAGUACAAAAAAAUUAUAAAGCUAAGUAAAAUCGAGAUUAAAAUUAUAAAAAUAAAAAAACUAAUGGCACUUUGGAAUGCUCACAAUGUUACAACAAAACAUUUGUAAUGAAACUUAUUGUUUACCUCAGAGUACUAACAUUGUAAUUACAACUUAUGUAUGUUUUUUACUGUUACAAUUAAUGAAUAUCAAAUUUGAUAUUUUAUUUGUGGGAUUUACAUUAUUCUUUUUAGACAACCUGACCUGCCUUCUUCCUCAAAGUUGCAAACAUUUUAUAUAAUUAUUCUAUAUAUUUUUAUAAACAUAAAUUUUAAAGCUAAAUCGUUUUACGAUAAAUACAUUCUUUGCGCAUUAAAAGUAGCAGUGUAUGAAGUAGUACGAUAAAAAAAUAAAUAUUAGUUUAGAUACAAACUGCUGAAUACAAAACGUGUAUUAUCAAUAAAGCUACUAUAGACUAA